AUGGGCUCCAAUGCUGGGCUAACAGCUGAUCAAAUCAAGCUCAUCAAGGCCACCGUGCCCGUUCUGGCCGAGCAUGGCAACACCAUCACAUCUGUGUUCUACAAGAACCUACUCGACGAGAACCCCGCGCUCAACAGCAUAUUCAAUAUCCCAAACCAGGUCAACGGUCACCAACCGCGAGCUUUGGCCGGUGCUCUCUACGCAUAUGCUGCCCACAUUGACGAUCUGGCUGCAUUGACCUCGGCCGUAGAAUUGAUCUGCAACAAGCAUGCAUCGCUCUACGUCCAGCCCGAGCACUACUCAGUUGUCGGAAAGUACCUCCUCGAAGCGAUGGGCCAGGUCCUUGGCAAGGCGCUCAGUCCAGAAAUCAAAGACGCCUGGGCCACAGCCUACUGGCAACUGGCGGAUCUCAUGAUCGCCCGCGAAAGCCAGAUAUAUCAACAAAGCGCAGGCUGGACCGACUGGCGUGAAUUUAAGAUCGCGGAUAAAGUCAAAGAGUCUGACGAAAUCACAUCUUUCUAUCUCGCCCCAGUGGACGGCAAACCUCUACCUUCCUUCCUUCCUGGUCAGUACAUUUCCGUUCAAGUGUACGUCCCCGAACUCAAGUACACCCAGCCGCGCCAGUACUCUCUCAGCGACAAGCCUUCGUCAGAUUACUAUCGUAUCAGCGUGAAGAAAGAGAUGGGCAUCGAUACUGCAGACCGCAGUGCAGCUGCUCACCCGGGCUAUGUAUCGAAUCUGCUACACGAUACGUUCAGCAAGGGUGACACGCUUAAAGUGUCACACCCGGCCGGCGACUUCUUUCUCCCAGCGACCAAAGAAAAUAUUUCGAAUCCGAUUGUUCUCAUCUCUGCUGGUGUUGGGUUGACUCCGUUGACCUCGAUUCUGAACACACUUAUCUCUACUGAGGAGUCAACAGCCCGCAAACUGCAUUUCAUCCACGGUGCUCGAACAUCAGCCGUGCGCGCGUUCAAGGAGCACGUCUCUAUACUCUCCAGGAAAUAUCCCAACUUGCAAAAGACAUUCUUCACAAGUCAUCCCUCCUCGACCGAGAAGGAAGGUGAAGACUACACGUUCGCGGGACGCGUGGAUCUGAAGAAGCUGGACUCAAAAGAUUUAUUCCUCGAGAUGGAAUCCGCCGAGUACUACAUCUGCGGACCAGAGAAGUUCAUGGCGGAUAUGGAAUCAAACCUCAAGGCACGAGGAGUCCCCGCUGACCGGAUAAAGAUGGAGCUUUUCGGGACUGGUGAUGUCCCUCAUUAG